AUGCCAAUACGAAAGAAGAUUCAAAGAAAAAAGAAACCAAGCUACGACAAGACAGGGGUAAAAAGACUCUUUUCCCCGUUUAACAAAUUUACAUACAAAAUAGUCUCACAAGGCAAAAGAAAGUUAAAUAUAAUUGCGAAUCAGAGUAUUAACUUACAAAUGGGUUUGUCUAAUAAAGAAAAAAACUACAUUAUAUGUAGUUGUCAAAAUAAAUCUACCAGAUACAGAAAUUUGAAAAAUCUAGCAGCGAAUGCUAUUAAGGAAAAAAAAAUAUUUUCUGUUUACGGGAGUUGUAAUGCCGUACGAAAAGCUCUAUUGGAUAGAUGUUGGGUAGAAAAAAUCCCACCAAAUCGGAUGAAUUUAUCGAAAAUACGAAAUGGGACUUUCUCAAGUAAAUCUCAAAUACAAAGUGAGCUUGAAGUGUUACUUUUAUCAAAUUUAGUGGAAAAGUAUAAUCCAAAUUUCAUAUGGCGUACUAGAGACGAAAGACGGAAUACUCCAUUGAGUAUCACGAGAGAUUGCAAUACAAUCGUUAACAAGUUGGAGACAGACGCACUGUGGACUUCGAAACAGGGUUUAUGUUCGUCGAUGAAAAGAAAUUAUUGGUUUUAUAUAGAAAACGUAGCUGAGGUUAAUGGCCCACGUACGUACAACACUUGCGACUUAGGUGAAAUAGAAGGAUUUGUCAAGGAUUAUAAAAUAACAUCUUGUACAAGUUUGUUAAAAUGGAUACUGUCUAUGGUCGCUAAUGAUCGACCUGUAUUUCUCCCUGAGGGUAAAAUAUCUAUGAAUGUAAUAGUUUUUGCUUUAAAUCGUUGCAAGGAGUAUUUAUUUCGGAAGCAAAAUAAAGACAUUGAUUGUUCUUUACCAACUGUAAACGCUGGCCAGUGGCACUCAUAUUUGAAAAAAUACUGUAGCAUUAUAGCAAAAGAAGAAGUUUUUCAGACUGAUAAAGAAAAUAAAUUAAGUUUAUAUUUAAGUUACGCCAAAUAUUUGCUUAAGGAAAUUUAUAGAUAUCGUCCACAAUUAAGCUGCGAAGGUUGUCAUAACAUUUGGAUAAUAAAACCAGCGUACUGUUCUAGAGGAAGAGGAAUCAGAAUGGCGUCAAAAUUAGGUGUAAUAAUGAACUUAAUAGAGAAGGCAAAUACGAAAUAUGUAAUUCAAAAAUAUAUUGAGGAACCAUUACUUAUACACGAAACAAAGUUUGAUAUAAGGCAGUACUACCUAGUCACAAGUACAUAUCCUUUAAUUAUUUGGAUGUAUACCGAUUGUUACUUAAAAUUUAGUUCUCAAAAAUACAGCUUGAAAAACUAUCAUGAAUCCAUCCAUUUGACUAAUAAUGCAGUUCAAAGAAAAUAUAAAAAUUGUAAACAGAGAAAUAAAGAAUUACCAAUUAGUAAUAUGUGGGAUCUACAAAAAUAUAAAUGCUACUUGACCGAAAUUGAAAAAGGGGAUGUUUGGGAAAAUAUUAUAUAUCCGGGUAUGAAAAAAUCAAUUAUCGGUAUAAUGUUAAGCUGCCAAGACUCACUAACAGUUAGCAGAAACCGUUUCGAACUUUAUGGUUGCGACUUUAUACUAGACAAAGAAUACAACCCCUGGCUUAUAGAAAUUAAUUCAUGUCCUGAUUUGCACCAUACAACUCCUGUUACAACAAAAAUCUGUCCCGCAGUAGUGUCCGAUAUAAUAAAAGUUGUAAUUGAUUAUGCGAAAGAUCCUAAGGCUUCUACUGGGAACUUCGAAUGUAUUUAUCGUCAGCCUCUAACAUUACCAUGUUAUAGAAAUGCCGCAGAGUUAGUGUUAUACGGGUAUUCUCUCCCAAAUGAGUACUUUUCUAGAGAAAAUAAUAGUAAUAAAAAGUUUAAAGAAUCUUGUAUCGAUUCUAAUUUAACGAACGAAAGGGACAUUAAAGACGUAUUUAAAAAGAUUAAACAAUUUUAUAAUGAUGAUAAUACUAAAGAUCUACCAAAAGAUAACAGCUUAUUAAAAGAAAGAGACGCCUAUAAAACUACGCCGGCACAUGGUAUAGAUGAAACAGCGGAUGUGAUUACUAAGGAAUUUCUUCAAAGAGUUUCACAUUUGCCACAAACUUUAAAUAAAUAUUUUAACCCAACUCAGAAUACUUUCCAUAUCUUGGACGGCAAAACUUUAUCAAAGAUUACUAACAGUCCUUUAACAUCUUCUAAAACUUUAUGUAAUCGUUUUAAUUUUAGUAGACUAGAUGAUGGACCAAAGGGCAAAGGUAGUAUUGUAGAAUUAGAUUCAAGUGAAGAAAUGUUAAAUCAGACCUGUUAUUCUAAAAUUGAAGAAUGGCUACUUAAAAGCAAUUGCGUUGGUUUCUCCGAAGAAGUAUUAGUACUACAAAGAAAAUUGUACAUUUAA